AUGAAGUUCCUAUUUCCUCUAAUGGUAGCAACUGCAAACAUUAUAUUACCCACUGUCUAUGGAUCAAGUGAAACGAAAAGUGUGCCAGUGAAUAAUUAUGAUGAGAUUAUUAGCAAUCUUAUCGACGAAGUUAGUAAAAAGAACAGCUCAUGUGAGAAACAGCAGAUCAAACAGCUUGAAGGCAUAAUAAAUCCCUCUUCUGAUGCUGUCAUGAGCCUUUUCCAGGAGAACACAGAAGAAUGUUUCUUGUUCACGUCAAACCAUUUGGACAUUGAAAAAGAUGAUGCCCUGCCACUUUCUAUCAUCCUGAACAAAAACAGUUUGUCCAACACCAUGUGUGAAUCUGGCUCUUCUUCUGCACAAUCAAUGUUCACGCAGUCCUUCGAGGAUGACUCCAUCAUUGCAUACUUUUCAAAGACCAGGCUUGCCAUAAUAAACUAUCUGCACUCAGAUAUAGCCUCGUUCAGCGCAUAUGCAGAUAAGCUGAGGUUCUCUUUUGACGUUUUCGAAAGACUAUCAGCAGACGAGAGAAUAAAAACACUUGAGAAGCUGAGAAAGCUGGCUAGCCUUCUUGACAGUUUAAAGACAGAAAAUGCUCCAUUUAGAGACAUUAACGCUGAAAUAAAAACAUAUCUGUGUCACUUGAAAGAGCUAAAUCCUAUACCCAUCAGCCUGCAGAAGAUGGUAGACCAGCUCAACUUGAAGGAAGAUGGAUUGGCCAGUAUACCUGAGAGUGAAGUAGAUAAAAUUACAUACCUAGUCAAUAAUUUGAUAAAAAUAGGGAGCAACGAGACAGAAGAACUGAUGAAAUGGAACAAUCCCAUUAUUGUCCAAAAUGACAGUGAAACAAAAAAAAGAAAGAGUGUGCUGGUCAGCUUCAUAAUAACUAAAUUUAACUACGUUUUCAGAAAAGAGUACCUGUUAGACAAUCCCCUGGUUAAACAGCUUAUAUCAGCCAUGUGUGAUAGAAAUACUGCAAAUUCUAGAGAUGAAGAAUAA